AUGUUCGGCUUCGGUGGUGGUGAGGAUGUGGAGCAUACGAGUGGCCUACAGCGUGCACUGAGCAGCGUGCUUUGUGCUGUUUGCGGCUUUCCGAUCGUUCUGAUUGGUGGCUGCAUUUUGCUGGGUUGGAAUGAGAAGCGGGAUGUGUGCGAACAGGCGGCCAUACUGUCUGGUCAGGAUGCCUACAAGCAAGUCGGCUGCACCGACGCAUCGCAGGAAGCAGGCAACCUCGUCUUCUUCACCUGCGACCUGGACCAAAGCAGUAUCACUCCGGGCCUGUACCAGAAUCUCAAUGCCGGUGACUUCAGCAACCUGCUUUCGUCAUAUGUUGGCACUGGGGUGAAGGUCGAAGCGGAGAUGGAUGUGUGCGUGGAAAAGUCAAACACGGAGAAGGACUCUGUCGGUGGCGGCACGACCACUGUGUACAGCUACGAGAGAGCCUGGCGCAGCGAGCCUGUGGAUUCCUCAGCCUUCCGGGAUCAGAGCAAGGCUCGUUCGCAAUGUGGUGGAUUGAACCCAACCUGGCCGGCACAGGUGCCACGGACGGGCUCCUACUACGCGCCUUCGGCCCUAGCCGGUGUUUGGAGCCUCACGCCGCAACUACUCGGGAGCGUGCCGCUGUCGACACCAAUUACUGGGAGCACGCCGGCUGGAUGGAGUCUGAUCUCGAACUCUUAUGAAACCUCCAGAUACCGCCUUGGCACAUCCAUGGCACCUGGAGCUAUGCGAGUUAAGCUCUUCGGGACUGACUGGACUUCGGCUGCGAAGGUCACAGUCUUGGGCAAAAACGCAAAUCCCACCAUCGAGACUUGGACGGCCCCAGACUCUUGGCUGUGCUCCGGCUACACGCUUUUGGAUCUGCGGACCGGUACUCUCACCAUAGAGCAGGUCUGGGAAGCAAUGCGCGCCGAGUCCUCGGCGAUGACCUGGGUCCUCCGGGUGGUUGGCUUUGUGCUCUGUUGGGUCGCCUUCUGCCUGCUGGCGGGCCCUCUGGAGGUGGCGGCCGACUGCAUUCCCUGCAUCGGGCCCUGCUUGGGAGAUAUGAUCCAGGCUAUAGCCUGUGUUGUCUCCUGUGUUCCAGCCACGGCCUGCUGCCUUGGCGUCGUCGGAGUUGUGUGGGUGGCCAUGCGGCCAUUGAUCGGUAUACCACUAGUGCUUGUCUUCGUUGCCACCAUGGUUGCUGCGAUUGUCUGGAAGACUCAGUUUGCGAAGAAGGGGAAGACCCAUGAGAGCGGCGGGCUCACAAAUGUUCAAGGCACCGUCGUCGGAAAUGCGUAUAGCGGCCCCGUGCACGAGCCAGUGGCUCAAGGCUUCCUCAUGGCCCUGCGGCAAGAGUAUGUUUACGGACAGCCAGGCGCAGUUGGCCAGUUCUUCGAGACGGCGCCAAACGCGGAACAGUACCUGCAG